AUGGCUUCUUUUCAAAAAAAAUCCCUGUUUUUCCACUCCCUGUCCUUCAUCUUCAUUGUCCCUUCCAUUGCACAAACCUGCAAUUCAUACACUUUCCCCAACCACAUCACCUAUGCCGCAUGCAACAAUCUACCAACCUUAGAAUCAUCACUUCAUUGGAACUACCACCCAUCCACACGCACAGUUGAUGUAGCAUUCAAGAAAUCGAAUGCAGGAGACUCUAGUUGGAUCGCUUGGGCCAUCAACCCUACUUCAAAGGGUAUGGUGGGUUCACAAGCAUUCGUUGCGUUUCGAAAAUCUGAUGGAAGUUUCAGGGCCUACACUUCACCCAUUACCAGUUACGCGACUCUAUUGCAAGAGGGUCAACUCAGCUUCCCUGUUCACAGUGUUUCAGGAACUUAUGCGAAUGGAAGCAUGCUCAUCUUUGCCAGUCUGCGACUUCCAGAGAACACAACCGUGGUGAAUCAUGUUUGGCAAGAAGGGUUGGUGUCUGAUGAUGGGACUCUGAAAGCUCAUGCUAUGGCAGGAUCUAAUCUUCAGUCUUUUGGAACCUUGGAUUUUGUUUCCGGGAAAGUUGAAGAAACUGGAUCAAAAGUGAACUCUAAAAGAACCACACUCAGAAAUGUAAGAACGAAUUCCUCUGUUUUACUUGUAGUUCUUUAUUUUUUAUUUGUUACCUUCAGGCCUAAGAAUGAUCACAGGAACAGAAUAUUUUGGAACAUUUUUCACUACGCAAUUGGCUAUUCAACAAUUGUCUUAUCGAUUUUGAAUAUCUUCAAAGGCUUUGACAUUCUCCAUGCCCAUAUGAUGUGGAAGAAAAUCUAUCUUGGGAUAAUCAUAUCCCUGGCCGUGAUUGCUCUGAUGUUGCAGAUUUGGUGGUGCAAGAAGAGGUUCAACUCUAAGGAAAGUGAUGACACCAACCAAGAGAUUCCCUUAGUUUAG